GAAGACUUCGUCUUAUACUGAUCAGAGGCAUCUUCAUUGCAGAUCACUGGCAGUGAACAAGCAUCAAAUAAGUUGAAUCGCUUGUUUGAACAGCCUGCCACGCUAAGCGGAAUUCCCGUCUCAUUGUCACUCCUGGACCCGCAACCUGAAAGCUUGAUAUCAAAUUACCCACAUACUCGCCAUGGAGGCUGUCGUUCCUCACGAAAUCACGACAGAACUCACCCAAAUUCUUGCCAAUCUCGUGCUGGGAGAUAAUAAGAUACGCUCCAAUGCAGAACAGGCGGUUAAUGAUCGACUGGCUCAGACACCAGAAUUAUACCUGCUCGCAUUGGCGCAGUUCUCUGUUGCGGCUGAUACUGAAGUGAUGCGAUCCUUCUCCCUUGUCUUACUGCGUAGACUUCUCUUUCGUGCUGCACCAGGCCAGCAAAACAGAGAAGGACGUCUAACGCUUUACGACCAGCUCCCAGCGCAUGCAUUGACAACGCUCGAGCGUCUGCUACUUCACUCUCUGUCUCAUGAACCAUUGGACGCUGUUCGCCGGAAAACAGUCGACACAGUUUGCGAUCUCGCAAACAAUUCCAUGACUCGGGGGCGUCCGUGGCACGCGCUUCAGGCACAGACAUUCACCAUGACACAGACAGGUGAAACUGGUUUCCGAGAGUGCGCCUAUAGGUUAUUUUCUGGUUGCCCCAAUCUCGUAAUGGAUCUCCAGACGGAUGCCGUUCUGACGGUUUUCCGAAAAGGUCUCCAAGACUCUCAAAGUGUCGAGGUCCGGCUUGCUGCUCUCAGAGCCUCUGUAUCCUACCUCACUGCAAGUGAUCAACAUCAAUUAUCACAGUCGCUCUCGCUACUCUACCCAAUGCUAGACACAUUACCUUCCCUCCCAAAUACUCACCUUAAAUCUUUCCUCAGCUCGUUAACACCAUUAUGCUCGUCUCACCCAAAUCUCUUUGCGCCUCAUAUGAACGCGCUGCUAUCUUUCUUACGUGGCCUGAUAAUGCCAAGCGUCGACUCGGGCCCGACACCUACGGUUGCUAAGCCAUUCCCUGGCACGACAUCGAGCUUCACGUUCCCUCCCGGCGGGUCCGGUAGUCGAACUCCUGAAAACGGCGACGAAGUCACAGAAGAUGAGGAGAAAGAGCUGGUCAGGAAAGCUGCACUAGAAUUUAUGGUAAGCCUUACCGAGGCUAAGCCCGCAUUGGCGAAGCGUUCGGAAGGAUGGACGGCAGCCAUGGUGAGAGCGUCCUUGGAGGGUAUGGGGGAGUUGCCAGAAGACACGUUGGAGGCCUGGCUCGAUGCUGAUCCCUCAGAGGACGCACAGGAUGAGAGUUACCCUCAUGUAUAUGAGCAAUCCCUCGACAGAGUCGCCUGCGCGCUUGGAGGCAAAGCAGUGCUUCCUCCAGCAUUCCAAUACAUUCCGUCAAUGCUUGCCAACUACGACUGGAGACUGAGACACGCCGGCUUGAUGGCUAUCGCAGCCAUAGCGGAAGGCACGAGCAAGGUGAUGCAAAUGGAACUUGGGAAGGUCGUGGAUCUUGUUACCCCAAUGUUCAAGGACGCACAUCCACGGGUGCGGUAUGCUGCAUGUCAAUGCGUCGGUCAACUGUGUACUGAUCUGGAGGAAAUCAUUCAAGAUCGCUACCACGAGCAAUUAUUCGCCGCACUAAUACCAACACUAGAAGCACCAGAACCUCGUGUGCACUCGCAUGCCGCUGCAGCCCUGAUUAAUUUCUGUGAAGGUGUCGAGUGCAAUACCCUUGUUCCAUAUUUGGAUCCGAUCGUUGAGCGUCUGCUCAAGAUGCUCAAUCCGGGAGCUGAGGACGGCAAAGUAGUCAAAGGCUACGUUCAAGAACAAGCCAUUACGACUCUCGCUAUGGUUGCUGACGCUAGCGAGACAACGUUUGCUAAGCACUAUGCUUCGAUAAUGCCUCUCCUUUUGAAUGUCCUCCGGAACGCUAACACCUCCGACCAUUUCAAAUUGCGCGCCAAAGCCAUGGAAUGUGCUGGUUUGAUAGCGAUUGCCGUUGGACGUAACGUUUUCCGCGCCGACGCCAAUACGCUCAUCGAGCUUUUAAUUAAAAUACAAAGUUCGUCCCUGACUGUUCCCGAAUCGAAUCUCGGCAAUCGCUCAUCAUGUAUCGUAGAUUCCCCUGUCGACCCCUCCGACACCAUGCUGCCCAACUUUUUGAUCGCUACUUGGGCCAAAAUUUGCCAAGCUCUUGGCACAGAAUUCGAGCCUUUCCUUCCGGUGGUCAUGCCUCCACUACUGAACGCAGCUAGCGCAAAAGCUGACGUUUCUAUCUACAGUGACGACGACGAUAUCGGCGAGACUCGAGAAGGUUGGGAGACUAUCUCGAUGGACGGUCAGAUCGUCGGUAUCCGUACUUCAACUAUCGACGAAAAGUGUCAAGCAUUUGACACGCUCGUUGUCUAUUGCGCGACACUCGGAGGUCGGUUCGCUCCGUAUCUCACCCAGAGCUUGGAGCUCUCCCUUCCCGCCUUAAAAUUCUACUUCCAUGACGGCGUUCGCGAAGCUGCGAGUAGACUGAUUCCUUUGCUUUUCGCUUGCGGGAAGCAGAGCGGAACGCUGACAUCACAGAUGGUCGCUGCUUCCUUCCUCCAGCUCAUCCGCAGUAUUCGGGCCGAAACAGACCCUUCGUUCCUCUCAUCAUUGUAUAGAGCCCUAGCCGAUGGGCUCCGCGUCGUCGGCAUUCCAGCGCUCACGCCAGAUUUACAAGCUGCCCUCAUAGAAGCCACGAAACAUCAACUCCAGACGCUCGCAGACAAACGUAAGCGGCGUGCGGAGUCUCCAGAGGACGAUCGCGAAGAGAUUGCACUGUUAGAAGAGGUGGAAGAGUUUGCGUUGGAGGAUAUGGAGAAGUUACUCAAGAUGACGGAUGGUCAGCAUCCACUUCUUGUGGCGAUCGGGAGUGUGAGAGAUUUAGGAUUUAACCAGUGGGACAGUGAGGAUGAGCGGGAUAGCGAUAGUUAGCGCACGGGAUGCGUUGUACUGUGGAGUGGAGCAGAUGCUCUCCACAAGUUGUGUCCCCUUGUAUUAAUCAGGUGAUCAUGCUAUAAUUCUGCCUUGUAAAU